AUGAUAAUACAACCCAGAUAUUCAUAAAAGAUAGCAGACACAUUCUAUAAUAGCAAGGACUUUUAUUCAUAUCAUUAAAAAUAAUUCAUAGCGUUAAAACCAUUAGUUCAACGUUUAGAACAUUUAUCAAUCUCUUAAAGAACUAAAAUUCAAUCGAUAAAAGAUAGAACAAAUUCUGAAAUUCUGACUGCUUUUAUUAAUAGAGGAUUGCUUUAAACUUAAUAAAAAGCAUAAACAACAAAAACUAAUGAGAAUUCAUAAAGUAUUUUAAUAAAGUAGAGUUAUGAUGAUAAAAUAACAAGAGAAGAUUUACUGACAUAAUAGGCUCUAUAAACAAUUGAAGAACUGGAAAAAAGUAAUAAGUGAUAAUGAAUAGAAUAGAUAAGAAAAUUCUUCCACCAUUGAGAUUGUAUGCAGAUAAAUUAAAACUAAAGAAAAGACAGUACUAAUCAAAAGAAAAAGUGGAAACCUUAAAAAAUUCCAUGAUUGAAACGUAAUUAUUUAAAAUUAAAAAAUAAGUCCAACAUUGUAGAAAGCUUUAAGCAGAAAGAAUAGAGUAUUCAUAUAAAGUGAAUAAAAGUCAAUAUCUGAAAAUGAAUAAAGUGUACAUAAGAUGGGAAGAACAACAUCAACUCCAUUAAUGCAAAAAUCAAAAGAAGAAAAAGAAGAAUAAGGCACUAGCAGAUCUGGAACUCCUUAAAAAGAGGUUUAAAAUAUUAGUCCAAUAAAAAAUGUUCAAAAGUAUUUAACAAAGUAAUUAAGCAUUUAUACACCAUAAUAUAAAACAAUAAAAGAAAAGAAAUUGUAAAGUGCUUUACAUUUGUCAUAACAGCAAUAAUAACAAAUAUAAUAAUAAUAAUAAUAAUAAUAAUAACCAAUUUAUAUUGAUAAAAAAAUUAUUCCAAGAAAAAAAAAGAAAUAAAAUUAAAAUAAUAUUAUUGAAUAGUAAAAUCAAUAAAAAGAGAAAUGGACUUUACGUCAUACAUCUUAUCGUUGUUUUUUGAAUAAAAUCAAUUUUUCAAAUAAUUAAUGUAUUACUUGUCCAAAUAAAUUGGAUGUGCCUGCAUACUAUUAUUAUGUAGGUCUUGGAAAUAAUGGUGGUUUAGUCAAAAAUAUUUUUAGAUAAAGAUGGUGGUGGUCAGAAGUAGAAUCUUUAGAUACAACAAAAGUUAAUAUGUCAUGGACAUAAUUGAAAUAAAAUGUUUACAUAGAAUUAUUACAUCCUUAUCAUACAGAUUUUGGAGCUUAAAGUUCAGAAUCUUUUAUUCUAAGUCAUGAAGAAACUAUUGGAGAUACAACUGAUUCAGAUAUUGAUAUAAGACCAAAAUAAGUAAGUAUUACAGGAGGAAUACAAAAAUAAUAAAGUUCUUCAUAGCAUCAAUUAAAAAAACCUCCUAAUUAUUAUUCAAUUAAAAGAAUAUUUAAUUCUCAAGAUCUACAGAAAUUAUUAAAUUAUAUGGAAGAAACUAAAUGUUUUGAUAGUUAAUUGAUUUUUAGUGAUUGUUCUGAAAAGUUGCUAAAAGAAAUUAAAUAAUAUUGUACUAUUUAAAGACUUGAUAGUAGAUAUUAAAAAAUGCACAAUCAUAUGGAGGAUAACUGGCAUCUAGGUAAUAAAAAAGCAUUAUUUUACAAUAUGAAACUUUAUUUUUAGAUUAUAAAAGAAGACUAUAAUAAAUUACUACCUGUAACAUUUCAUGUUCAAAAAGGAUUAAGUGAUAUUGAAUAUUCAAAAUUCUUAGAUUAUUAUAACAAAAGAAGUGAAGAACUUCGUGAACUUGAAAAAAAUAGAGAUAGAAAAGAUAAAAAGAAAUUACCUCUUAAUUUGUGGAUUAUCAAACCAGGAGAAUUAACUAAUAGAGGUAAUGGAAUUACUGUAUGUAAUGAUCUAAAUGAAAUUAAUAAAAUAAUUAGUGAAGAAUUUUAAGAAGGCAGAUAAAGAACAUAUAUAGUUUAAUAAUAUAUUGAUAAUCCAUUUUUGUAUAAUAAACGAAAGUUUGAUAUUAGAUGUUACAUGUUACUCACAUCUUAAAAUGGAAUUUUUAAAGGUUAUUGGUAUUAAGAAGGUUAUAUACGAACAUCAUCAAAAGAAUUCACUACAAAAUGUUUAGAUAGAUUUGUUCAUUUAACAAAUGAUGCUGUUCAAUCAAAAGAUUAAGAUUAUGGUAAACAUGAACCAGGCAAUAAGAUUUCUUAUAUAGAAUUUUAAAGAUAUGUUGAUUGUAAUUAUCCAAAUUCUAAAUUAAAUUUUUUCAUUGAUAUUUAUCCUAAAAUGAGAUCUGCAGCUUUAGAUAUGAUGAAAGCUACUUAUGGUAAAAUUGAUCCUCAUAGAAGAAUUAAUAGUUUUGAAGUAUUAAUUUUGAAAUUAUCAAAUUAGUUAUAUGGAUUAGAUUUUAUGAUUGAUGAGAAUUUUAAAUUAUGGUUAAUUGAAGCCAAUACUAAUCCUUGUCUUGAAUUAUCUUGUCCUCUUCUUAAUAGAAUAAUACCAACUAUGGUUGAAAAUCUAUUUAGGAUCGCUGUUGAUCCAAUUUUCCCUCCACCAUUUUUUGAUGAAUGGCCUUAAAAUAAAAAAUUAUUUAUUCCUGAUAAUGUUAUUGAAAAUAAUAAAUUCGAACUUAUUUUUGAUGAAUUGAUAGAAAAAAAGAAUAUGUUUAAUUUAUUUCGAGAUAAUAAAAUUGAAUAAGAAUGCUUUGAUAUUGAAGAAGAAGAAGAAGAGGAAGAAGAAAAAGAUUGA